UUCCGCCAAUAGAAGAAAACAUGUCCUUAAUGCUAUUAAUAUGCUUAAAUUUACUUGCUAUUCCAGGGGGACACUUUCAAAUGUCGACUGAUCCAGCCAAGUCCAUAGUUGGAAUGAAAGGUCUUGUGGAUUUGGAGGGUUUCUUCAUCAGUGAAUUAACGAACUACGCAAAAGCACUAAAGGGCAAAAUCGAUAUCAUAGAAAGCUUCCUUCAAGAUGUACAAUCAAAACGUGAUAUUUCUAGGAGAAACCCAAAAGAGUUCGUUGCUCAUCCACUCAACGCGUUUUCCCUCAUUCGGCGAAUGCAUGAGGAUUGGACCCACAUUGAGCUAUAUAUGUCGGAACAAGUGGGUAUGAGCUACCUUCAAGCCAUUAAAAAUGGUUUAGAUGAAGCGCAACCCACCGAUAAUGAUCUAAGUGAUGCAAUCGGUGGAAUCAUCUCGCUGCAUCGAUUCUAUAAUCUACAGCCAGUUGACAUAGCCAAAGGACUGCUAAUGGGGAAACAAUACAAUGUCCAUUUAACUACACUGAAUUGCCAGACAUUAGCUCUUGCCUGCCUCAACUCUAAUUUUGAUAAGGAUGCUUUGAAUUGGUACAAAACUGCUGUAGAACAGUACGAUGAAGAUCGAGAUGGCCAAGUCUACAGCGAAGUAUUUGACUUUAAGUUGCGUGAUUUGUACAUAAACUAUACAUCAACUUUGGUAGUUAAAGGUUUCCGAAAAGCCGCGCUCGAUAUUCUUAGGAAUGUAUCUGAUUUAGAUGCUACCCUUUGGUCACUUCAGAAAGAUGUCUAUGAAAUUGGUAAAAUAGAUGUGCCGGAUCCCACGUUUCUAGUAGAGCCGUGGAUCGAUCAUAAUGGUUGCCAAGGAUUCAGGAAGACAAAAAAAUAUUUUAGUUGUCACUAUGAACGAGGAACGUCAGAUUUUCUUAGGAUUGUCCCACUCAAAGUCGAGAUCCUAAGCUUAGAUCCUCUUAUAGUAAUCUAUCAUGAUGUAAUCUACGACAAAGAAAUCUCGAGGUUUAAAAAUAUCUCACUCCCUUCGCUGAAGAGUCCACCGCGAUACCUACAUGGUGAGGACUAUAACCUCAAGUUAUCUAAGGUCCCCGAGGAGCAGGAAAGUCCACUAAACCGACGGAUUAGGGACAUGACAGGAGAGAACGUGAAUGAGGAUACCGAUUUUCUGAUAAACAAUUUUGGUAUCUGCGGGUUUAGAGGUUAUCAUACUGACAACCUAGAAGAGCAGGAUCAAACGGCAGAACUAGGCGAUCGCCUUACAAGCAUUAUAUUUUUUUUGAGCGAUGUCGUCCAAGGUGGUGCCAUUUCUUUUCCGCACUUACAUCUGUCAGUUUGGCCACAAAAGGGCAGCGCAUUGGUUUGGCGAAAUCUAAAUCAUAGAAUGCAUCCUAACGAAGAUCUAUUGCACUUGUCAUGUCCGGUUGUGGUGGGCUCUAAAUGGACUCUCGUAAAAUGGUUGCAUGAGAAACCUCAAAUGUUUCUCAAACCGUGUAAAAAAGAGUUUAAAGAGUUCAAUAAAUAAAUGCCAUAACUAAAGCAUGUAAUUAUAAGCGUUAAAUAAAUAAUUUCAACAACA